AUGCAAGCUCUAAAUAAGAACACAACAAACUUUUCAAACUAUUCUAAGAUAUCUGAGUCAUUGAAAGAAGGAAACUUAAAACUGACAUUAAACCCAAUGACAGAUGAGUUUCUAUUUCAAGACAACAAGAACCAUACUGUUUGUAUAAAUCCAACAAAAAGAACUUUAAACGAGAAACCUAUAGAUGAACUUCUUUUGAAAGCAGAUAUUGACAACAAAGCUGACAAAGAAUAUGUCAUUGAAAAAGUUCAAGAAGAACAUGACAGAGCAGAUGCAACAUAUGCAACAAAAGAGGAUGUUGAAAAGAAAGCUGACAAAGAGUAUGUUGACGAUGAGUUAGCAUAUCUGGCUAGUGGGUUAGUGAAGAAGGCAGAUAAGGAAUAUGUGGAUGAAAAAGACAAUGAAAUUAUAAAAAGGGUUGACUGGUACCAUGAACGGACAUCGAAGAUUUUAAAAACUAAAGCCGAUACAGGAUGGGUUUCAGGAUGUUUAGACCUUAAAGCCGACAAAGAAACUGUAGAUAUGUUGACACAAACGGUUUCAAGUCAUACCAGAGGUUUAAUGGAAGAUGGACAACAGUUGAAAGAGCU